UUAUUUGCGAUAGUUCCGCGAUACGAACUGGCGGGACGUUCGACGUGUAAUAAAGUAGUGCUCGCGCGUUACGAAUAUUCGCCGCUCGCUUAGCGCGCCCGGUCGCCCCGUCGUUCAGUUGGAGAACCGCACGCGGAGGCUACGUUCCGUAGCUAUCGACAAGAUGAUCGCUUCUGUGGAAUCCUAAAUCCGAACGAAAAUAACGAUACUGACCGAGGGAAAAUAAGCAGACGCGUAUCGGCUGGCAAGAUAAAACCGAGACUUAAAAAUAAAACCGUUUCUUUCGACGAGAAUCACGAACGUCCACGAGUCUCCAGUUGGCCAAGACGGUGUCUCCGGCAUCCUGGUCGACCCUACCACCCCGAUCGAUGAUGAGGAGAAACGUCGCGGUGAUUGCGACCAACGAUCGCCGAUUAAGGUCAAUCACAUCGACCAUCGGGACGUUUCGUGGUGGCUUUUCGUACAGUUUCGAUUCAGCGCCGCUCGACGACAACGCGACCGGUCGUUCUGUCCGUUUCUUCCUCCCACUCCUCCCCUCUUCCGACUUCCUACAAGUCCGCGUGCCGUACUAAAAAUAAGUUUAACGUCGAGGCAACGUGUUCCGCGACUGCACAACGCGAUGAAAGAAGAAAACCCCGUGAAAAGUAGCUUCCGUCGAACGGAUGCAGCCGAUUUGCGCGAACCUGGCGCUACGGAACGCCAGAGGCACACUCAGAGUUGCAAAUGGCGGGCAUGCAUAUAGCAGAGGGAGAUUUCUCCGAAAUGAAGGACCAUCGCGUAAUCUCGGAAUCGAGGUAAGACGAUCCGGCAUCCCUGGCGAUAGGACUCGACGCGACGCGACGGAACGCGUUGUGCGGGCCGCUCGUAUUAUGAUCGAUAAACGAUGGGCGCCGACAAGAUCGUCGAUCAACAGUCUCAACAGCUACCGAUACGCAUAAACGAUCAUUCACCGGCAAAUAAACUGGCAAGAGAGAAGCAACCCAACGCAUUGUCAAACUUGUUUCAAAACGGUCGCGUAGGAAUGUCAGGAUGAGAGGAGUUGCGCUACUAGGAACGGUAAGAUCGGUCCGUGGAACUUUUCUGAGAACGCUCGUUUUCGUAUUCCUGGCGACGUUUCUUUGGCUUCAGCUGCACGUGAUCAGCCUGACGGGUCGAGACUCGGCUGGCCAGGCCUCGUCGAACGAAACGUUGUUCGCCCUCGUGCCUCAAGAAUUGCACAGAUUUCUCAAGGACCGUAGAAACGGUAGCUCGACGACGUCGAAUUCGAGCUCGGAGGCUCUGACGGAGUUCGAGAUCGCGGAAAUUCGGCGCAACAUUGAGAAAUCGAAUGCAGAGCAAAGGGUGUACAACGAGGAGGCGUUCGGGCCCCUGGACAUCGACGCCCCCGUGAUAGUGGUCCAGGUGCACACGCGUCUCAUCUACCUCAGGCACCUGAUCGUGUCGUUGGCACAGGCCAAAGGCAUCGAGCAGACCCUCCUCGUCUUCAGCCACGACGUCUGGCAUCCUGACAUCAACUAUCUCGUACAGAGCGUCGACUUUUGUCGCGUGAUGCAAAUAUUUUACCCCCACAGCAUACAGACGCAUCCUCGGACCUUUCCUGGAGAAGACCCCAACGAUUGCCCACGAAACAUUCGCAAGGAACAAGCGUUGGACCUCGGAUGCAUAAACGCGAAACAUCCGGACCUCUACGGGCACUACCGCGAGGCCAAGUUCACGCAGACGAAGCACCACUGGUGGUGGAAGGCCAAUCGCGUGUUCGAUCAGCUGUCGAUCACGAGGAACCACACCGGUAUGGUACUGUUCCUCGAGGAGGAUCAUUACGUCGCCGAAGACUUUUUACACGUUCUCAGACUGAUGGAACGGACCUGCAAGCACAGCUGCGAGCGAUGCAACGUCCUGUCCCUGGGCACUUAUCUCAAGACGUACAAUUACUUCGCCGAUUUUAGUCGAAAGUUCCUUGGCGUCAACAGCGCCCUGCAAAAGGAGCUCCUGCGCGGAUUUAAGAGGCGGGAAACAUCGGGGCAGCUGCCUGCAAGGGUCGAGGGCAUCGGCAGCGGAGCAUUUCCUAGCAGCAGCGUCGCCACUGGCACGAGCACCGCCGGAAACUCCAGUGCGACCGGUACCGGCACCGGCGGCGCCAUUUUAACCGCCAGUCGGAACGCGCUGACGGCGCAACCUGCUCCCGCAUGGGCUUUCCAGCUCCUACCCGGUCUCUACAGUCAUUAUCAAAAGGCCGAGGUGAUCCCUUGGAUCUCGAGCAAACACAACAUGGGAAUGGCAUUCAAUCGCGUCACGUGGAACAAAUUACGAAAGUGCGCCGCGCAGUUCUGCUCGUACGAUGACUACAAUUGGGACUGGAGUCUGCAACACAUCGCGCAAACCUGCGUACCGCCUAGCAAAGGAGCCGGAAUCGCGCCGCGCACCGAGUCCGGCUUGAUCACGAUGAUGAUGAGGGCGCCUAGGGUCUUCCACAUCGGGGAAUGUGGUGUUCACCAUAAGAAGACCAACUGUGAAUCGACCGCCACGAUAGCGAAGGUCCAAAACGUACUGAAGGCCGCCCAGGAUCAUCUGUUUCCUACGCGGUUGACGCUAACCGUGGCCGGCACCGCAAAAAAGACGAAGCUCCGAAAAGGCAACGGCGGUUGGGGGGACGUUCGAGAUCAUCGACUCUGUUGGAACAUUACCGUUUAUCCGGAUCUGGUUUUGCCUUGAACUUCCGAAUCACGAUCGGGUCGUGCGGAUCCAGUGUCGUUCUCGGGACUCUCUGUCACGGGGAAAAAAGCCUCACCAUGCCAUACUACGCUACGUCUAACCUAACCUCGCCUCGCCUCGCCACGCGUCGUCUCGCGUCUUGUUUCGUGUCUCGAACGAGAGACUCUCCUUUAACAAGUUCCUUAGUGUCGGCGUGAAACUCCGUCGCGUCGGUCGAAACGAUUUUAUCGAUCGCGCGCGAACGUCUCUAAUCAUUUUCACCGACAGUAUCGUUUUGUCCUUUGCCGCUUGUCGUGUCGCACGAUACCCUUAGCAUCUUGCAAGUUUCGCGUCCCUCGGCGCAAGUCUGACUAGUCAGCGAGGUUUUGCACACCAAUAGAACUUUUAGUAAUAAACACAGCAUUUAUUAUUUACCUACCUGAAAUCGGAGCUUCUAUGGUCCUGACGAUGGAAACAGUUUCCAAAGAAAGCGUAAGGUAGCUGCCCUUCACCGCAAGUUUCUGGUUAGUUUGUUGCUUUCUCUGAUAAUACAUAUUUCUUGCUUACACACUUUUUAUUAUACGACCAUCCCGUUACUUACGUUUGUACAUUGGAAAUACUUGUAUUCUGUUGCUUUAUUUUAUGCUUAUUUGCAGAAUGAAGAGUUUGAUUCAAAUUUUAAAAAAUAGAGAACAGACGUAAUUAUAAUAGAAACGUAUAUAUACAUAUAUGAAUAGAGAAUAUACAGAAGGAAAAAAUAAUACUUGCACUUUUACAAUUUUGCACAGCGUUCUGUACGGAGACAGAGUGAAAAGACUAAGUUUUUAUAAAUGAGAUCUUUAUUUGACGGAUAUGCUCUCUAUAAGGAGUCAAGCUGGAACGGCCUUUGACUUCCUCGUACUCUUGUUUAUAUUUAGUUACCAUCCAUUUACAAUACAUACACAUGCAUACAUCAUGUGGACCUGUGUGGCUUCUCGUUGAUAGUGUCGGCUGACCACUCAAGGGCGGUGUAGGCCCUUGAUGCUUACAAUACCCAUACUUUUCUGUCGCCUGUAUAAAAUAUAUGUAGAUAUAUAUCUUAUGUAAUGUUUAUGUAUUUACGUGUACAGAAAGUUCAGUUUUCUUACAUUAUUAUGGUUUAUUGCCAAUUUUUGCGACUCAUAAAUAUUAAUUAGGUUUAGUAAUUACAAAAAGAAAUUCAACUUUAAUACUCGCAUAAAAACCUUUGUAUGGUCAGAACGUGCCUUUCUUUGAAGAAUUAGUAGAUAAUAGUAAUAAUAGUAACGUUCAAACGUAAGUGAUAGGAAGGUCGUGUAAUAAAAGAAACAGAGAACAAGAGAAAUAUAUAUUUUCGAGAAAAGGCCUCAAAACAGGAAACCGAGAUUAGGGGUGGCUGUUAAGACUGUUUUGAAAUCGAAUACAAGCGUCAUUGCAUCAUCUAUGUUUUAGCAAUGAACCGUAUACCCGCAAAGCCAUAAUCGUUGGCUUCGUUACGUCGAAGCUCUAUUAUUGUACAAAAUCUGAUUGUCCCAGUGGAACGUGCGUCGAGGGAUGUGGUCCUUGUUAGUACUUACGGUCGUCUUCGUGCCAAGGUUAUCGAACGAUUCGCACGGCGACGACUCGAUUUCGGUCUCGCGAUUGUAACCCGACAGGUUAGCGUUCGCGAUCGUCGCGGGGAUCACGGUGAAUCCUUGCUUAGCAUAUCGUAUCGUACUCUAGUCGUCGCACCCAGAACGCGUACCAAGAGAUACAUCGGAGAUUCGAUUUUUCUACGAAUCGAUCGCGCGAGGCGAGCCACACGGGACUCUCGCGCAGGCAUCGCUCGCAACGAGACGAUUCGGACGAAGAAACGACUCGCGAAACAGAGCCAUCCACGAGUCGCUUUCGAAAUCUACAUAGGGUACAUUUUAUAUUUAUAACGACACCAACGAAAUAAUAAACGGAAUCGACCGAUUUUCU